GAUUCACUCUCUCAUGAAGUGAAAUUUUCACAAGUGAAGCAUAUGAUAUAUACACAGAAAGAAAACCAAUAUAAAAGAGGUAGGUUUUAAAUUGACUGAAGAUCUAAUGGCGUGACUCUUCUAAACCUGAUAUUCCCAAAAUUCCUCCUCCUUUUUCUUGUCUAAAUUUUCUCUAAGAAUGGAGGAUGGAGAUGAUUGGAUAGCCCCUGAUAAGCUUUACCACAUCCUUUUCUGCUUCUUCAUUGCUAUCAUUACCACUCUUGUGGCGGAAAGAGCUCGGUACCCUUUCGUACGCCGCAGGAGCAUCUUGAUCGGAUCCAUUGUCUCACUUGCUGCUGGCGCUGCUAAGGAGGUGGCCGACGAAUUAGGUUAUUUCAGGUCAGCAGUGCAAUUUAGCUGCUUCCUAAUUAUACACGUUGGCUGGAAUUUCCAAAGAAGAGAGCCGCGCUGCAAAAUGGUGUAGGAGACAAAGCAUGAAAUAAGAGUCUCUCAGCUGCACUUUAUAACCGCUCCAAGAUUUCAGACGGAAUGAAAAAAAGAAUUCACUUCAUGUAGCACUAUUUCUGUGAAUGUAAACACAUAUUAUACAGAAAUCUCUUCUACAAUCCAGUAAAAAGUAAAUUCUACACAUCGCAUAAGUUGCUAAUAG